AUGGAUAAACCACCUUUGCGUAGACUCCCACAAGAACUUCGAGAUUACAUCUACGCAUACGUCCUGAUCAUUCCAGGUGAUCUAAAUGCACCAUGCUUGGUCAAAGGAGAGGCUGCAGAACACAAGCAUUUACUUGCGCUGACGCGGACUUGCAAAGAGAUACGCGCUCAGAUUGGCGGCACGUUCUACAAGAACAAUCGGUUUGUUCUUAAGGGACCAGCUUCUAUUAAUGGGUACUACAACAAGCUGUUCUGCCACGGUAUAAUCGAAUGGAUCGCUUUGCUUGGGCCUCACAACGACACGUUUCUCAGAAAAAUUACGGUAGAUCUCGGAGACUGGCAUGAUGCGUACGAUCCAGGCUUUCUCAUCCGGUCUCUUAUGUGGACUCGGUACUUUGUGAUAGAGUUCACAAAAGUCCGACCUAAAUUGUUGGUAGGGUUGGUGCCUCAAACCACGAUUCUCGAAACGUGGCAGGGCAAGUCCUUCCUGGACUUCGGUAACUACGACCUUGCGGAGCUCCGAACUGUGGCCAAAGCCAGGAUCAAUGGGUACAUGAAAGAAGUGCAGAGUCAUGCCGAUGCGGAAAGCGAUCGAUGCCAAGAUUGCCUCGAAGACCUCCAACACAUGCAGCGACUAAUCAAUGAGGUCUUCGACAGUCUCGAACAGAAUCCGAAGUGGAAUAUAUUCGAAAGACUAGACAGGCUGUUCCCGUUGCGCUACUAA